AUGGAUGAGAACUACCCAGUUGCCGCUCCAUCUCUCGCUAGUCAAUGCAUUUUCGCCAAAUGUUCAAUAUGCUUUUUGAUUGCUCAAGCAAUCCAAGUGGUCAUGGUUAUGGCAAUGAUUGGACUCCGUUGGUGCUGGAAACGAUACCACCAAAGAGAAAUCUCGCCCCUACACUCACCUCCCCCUUUACAAGAAGAUUUGAAUGAAGUACAGGAUAUUACUACUGAGUUUCAUCUCUCUCGGCUCCCCUAUAGCGAAGAUACAGUUGUCAACAUCAUCAGUGACAUAUACCGCAUCUAUCUACAACUAAAUUGUAUUUCGGAUUGGGAGGUCACCUGGGCCCCACCAAGAGGUCACAAAAUUAACCAAAGCCUAUGUGAGGAUCUUCACAUUGACCCCGUGGUGAUCUCGCUGAUGAAGCGACUACCAUACUUUCGAUUCUCGAGGACAGCCAGCAAUGUUGAAUUCAUCUACCGUUGGUCAAGGGCUUUCGCCUAUCUUCAGGACUAUGAGAUCUGGGGAGGCCGUGAUCCGAAUCGGUUCGAGAUUGACGAUGAUCCCCGACCAGACUUCCUUCUUCCCCACGAGAUAGCUUUGACUUGUUCAACUGAUGAGGGCUGCCAUUCAAUCCUCGAUACGAAAUACCCUCAAAUUAAGAAGAUUCUCCAGGAGCAAUAUGAUUGGCCGUAUGACUUCCGUGAGGCUGAGUGGAAGGCUGCUUCAAAAGUCACCUGGGCGAGAAUUAGUCGUCAAGAUUCUACUUAUGAAACUGACAGAGAAGACGAGUCGAACCUGAAUGCUUGA